CCUCGGGAGUCACGAACACCUGCAGACGCGCCUGCGGGCUCCGAGGGGCUUGAUGGGCAUGUCGGGGGCCGGAGGAUCGAGAGGGCAUCCGGCUCGGGCGUCGCCCGGCGCGAGCCCACAGCAGCCAGGCUGAAGGGUGUUCCCGAGCUGGGGAAAGGCCCUGCGAUCCGACAGCGCAGUCUAGGAGUUAGUCCAGGACAGCUUCCCGGAGCCUUGUGGAAAUCGGUGUUUUCUUCUCCCACAUCAUCACGGAAACGGCAGAGGAAGCUUCUGCCCAGCCCUGGUGCCUUGUUACUGUGUAUAUCCUGUGUGUGCCAGUGUCUUGUCGGUUGCCUCCUUCCUAGAGCCAUUUAUCAGCCCCUCGGACCCUAGUGUUCUUACGGACUGAAACUUACUGUUCUCCUUAAUGUGUAUGUCGGGAAAGAAAAUGCAGAGCAUCUAGAGGAAUUCUAGGUUAGAUGAAAUUUCCAAGGUUAGGAAUUUGUCCCACCCCACCCUGGGGCCUCUGAAGCACCUGCGUUUGCUCCAGACCUGCUCUUGUCGGUGCUGAGGGCCUGUCGUCCACCCUUGUGGAGUGAUAAGACAGGAGGGUGAAAAUGAAAGCAGGCUGUAGCAUCGUGGAAAAGCCAGAAGGAGGUGGAGGCUAUCAGUUCCCCGACUGGGCCUACAAAACCGAGUCGUCACCAGGCUCCCGGCAGAUCCAGCUGUGGCACUUCAUCCUGGAACUGCUGCAGAAGGAAGAGUUCCGCCAUGUCAUUGCCUGGCAGCAGGGAGAGUACGGGGAGUUUGUCAUCAAGGAUCCAGAUGAAGUGGCUCGCCUCUGGGGCCGCAGGAAGUGCAAACCACAGAUGAACUAUGACAAGCUGAGCCGGGCCCUCAGAUACUAUUACAACAAGAGGAUCCUUCACAAAACAAAAGGGAAAAGGUUUACUUACAAGUUUAACUUCAACAAGCUGGUGAUGCCCAACUACCCUUUCAUCAACAUUCGAUCAAGUGGUGUGGUCCCUCAGAGUGCACCCCCAGUGCCGACAGCCUCCUCCCGGUUCCAUUUCCCACCUCUAGACACGCAGUCUCCCACUGGUGACAUGCAGCCAGGGCGGUUCUCUGCCAGCACCCUGAGUGCUUCUGGCCCUGAGCCAGGUGGUGCCGCUGAUAGGAAGGUGGAGCCUUCUGACCUGGAAGACAGCUCGACCUCUGACUGGCACCGGGGCAUGGAUUUCAUGCCCUCUCGAAAUGUUCUUAGUGGAGGAGGGAUAGGCCACCAGAAAUGCAAGCCUGACGUCAUGCUUCCUCUCUUCACUCGGCCGGCAAUGUACCCUGACCCUCAUAGUCCCUUUGCUAUCUCUCCAGUCCCUGGCCGCGGAGGUGUCCUAAAUGUUCCCAUUUCACCAGCCCUGUCCCUGACUCCCACCAUGUUCUCCUAUAGUCCCUCUCCAGGCCUGAGCCCCUUCACCAGCAGCAGUUGCUUCUCCUUCAACCCAGAGGAAAUGAAACACUACCUUCAUUCUCAAGCCUGUUCUGUGUUUAACUACCAUCUGAGUCCUCGGACUUUUCCCCGCUACCCAGGGCUCGUGGUCCCGCCGUUGCAGUGCCAAAUGCAUCCUGAGGAGUCUUCCCAGUUCUCUAUCAAGCUGCAGCCCCCACCAGCUGGACGGAAGAACCGAGAGAGGGCAGAGAACAGUGAGCAAUCCACACAUGGGUCUGUACCAACCAGUGCAUCUGUUCCCUCUCGAAUUAAGGUAGAGCCUAUCUCUGAGAAGGAUCCCGAGAGCCUCAGGCAGUCGACCCAAGAAAAGGAGGAACACUCCCAAGAAGCAGGCACUGAGCUGACCAGGACCAUAGAAGAGGGGAAAGGCACAGUGUUUGCUCACCCCUCACCCACCUGGCCCUCUGUAUCCAUUAGUAUCCCCAGUGAUGAACCCCUAGAGGGAACUGAAGACAGUGAGGACAGGUCUGGCAAGGAGCCCAGUGUACCUGAGAAGAAAGAAGAUGCCCUGAUGCCCCCCAAGCUUCGUUUGAAGAGGCGGUGGAAUGAUGACCCUGAAGCCCGGGAGCUAAGUAAGACCGGCACGUUCCUCUGGAAUGGGGCAGGACCCCAGGGCCUGGCUACAGCAGCCACUGCUGCUGCUGAUGCUUAAAACCACAGUGGAAGAGAAGCUGUUCACGUUACAAUCAGAUACACGUAUUUAUGUAGCAAGAUUCUGGGGUGGGAGGCGGGGUUAAGCUGGUUUGAUAAUACUGGGCAUGGACUUGUACUUUUCUGUUGGGGAUGGGACAAGUAUCUUGUGUUGUAAAUUAAGUGGGGUAUGAACACACUUUUUUUCUUGGUGAGUAGGCUGUAGGGAGGGUAUUGAACUGUGGGGAAAGGAGCCUGUUUCCUGUUUAAGACUAAUGCUGCCUGACAAGCUCCAUAAGGGCCCACUUCCUAGUCCCGUUACACAGUUCAGGAUCCACAGUGCUUUCUAUUAUAUUCAUACACGUAGAAAGUCAAUACUGAGGCAUUUUGCUUUGAGAGAGAGAUGAAAAAGGGGAAGGUUGGGUGGUAAGCAACAAUACUAAGCAUGUUAACCUGAAAUAGUUAUUUCAGGAGAGAAAAAAGGUAAUUGCAGUCUUACUGGAGUAUGGAACAUUUUUCUACUCUCCCUUUCCCUUGCCGGAGCACACAAACAUUUUCUCUCUCUCUCUCUCUCUCUCUCUCUCUCUCUCUCUCUCUCUCUCUCUCUCUCUCAUGCACACAUGCACACAUUUAAUCUCUCUCUCAGCUUUCCCCCCCCCCUUUUAGAAAAUGUUUCAAGACACUUGAGUGUACUGCCAGUUAUAAUGGGCAGGGAGGGCACAGGACCACCUGGCCCCUCAGCUUCAGAGCUAAGGUAGGGAGGAAGCCCUGCUGCCAGCUCCUGUCACCUACUUUACCUGUUACAAAGCCAUGAGAAGUCGUAAACUCUUGAUCAGGGAAGAAAGAGGGCAGGAGGAAAUAACCCAAAUGCCUUUAAAAACAAAGCAAAGGACAGAAAUGAUCUUCGUUUUUCUUUUUCCAUUGUUGGUUUGGGAAACCAUACCAACUGACUGAACAAGUUUUAUGGGGAGCAGGAUAGCACCGUUAAAGAUGUUUUUCUGCUGUGUCUGGUUGUCUUACUGUUUCUUAAGUCAAGCCUUAACUAUGAGCAUGCUUUAAGAUGAUACGGGUCUGUCAGCAUAAACCUGUAAAGGGCGUGGCCACUGUUCAGAUAACCCAGGAAUGUUGAGGCAUAGUUGAAUUCCUAGCUGAUAGUUCGUCCCUCUGAUGUUACCAGGCUGGGUGGUGAAGAGCGGGAUUGUGGGAAUGAAAGACAGAUGGACCAACCUGUAAACAGAGUAGCUGGGAACAAGUGUUGGAACGAAGGAAGAGGUAGGGAGGUGGUGACCAGAUGCCUGUUAACCGAGUUACUCGAUGCCUUUUAAAGGGAAAGAGCUGGUGUCUGCCCUGUGGGGAUGUUGUCACCCUUGUGAGCCCCAUUUGCCCAGGUUGUUUGUGAUCAUGAUCAGUUGACUAUUCACAAAAUCAAGUUCACAGACAGGAGACACUUCUUUGCGGGAAAUUCCCCUCAGCAAUUUCUAAGGAAUGGGAAGAUACUGAUCUUACAUGAAAUGAAAUGCUAGCACUAGGGGCAGAGAAAGCAGCCAAUGUCCUCUGUAAACACAUGUGCCAGCGAGAAGAAAUGGUUCCAUAUCUGUUGAGGCAUGGUGACAUUGGGCGUCAGUGAUUCCUGAUUCCCUCACUAUAGCCUAGUUGAAAACUCUGUACCCCAAGUAACACUUGAUUGUGUCUUCUGAUGGUGGGGUGUUUGGUUUUUCUUAACUGAAGGGCAUGCACGAAAGGAGGUCAGGAGACACUAGCUGGCUUGGGGUGACUUGAGGCCAUCAUUGCUAUUUCUUGAUGAGUGUCCUGUCACUUGGUUCAGAUUCCAUACUUUAGGGACUGUCUUUCCCCAGAAAAGGGACUGAGUGGUCUCUGGUGACCCAGGCUGUGGUCAGACCAUGAAGGACUCACCACUCCUGCUGCCCUUGGUAGCUGUGUCUGACCAGUUCCCUUCUCUUACCCUGACUUACCUCUGUCUGAAUCUAAAGCAAGCCCAGCAGCUAGAGGAGGGCUCUCUGCUUGGCGUUGCCCAUUGAACCAGGGAGGCCAUUUGGCCACCAGUGUCUGCUAGAGGGGCCGGCCAGCAAGUGUCGGUGUGAACUCAGGAAUAGAAACAUGGGGCCUUUAAAAUGAGAAGAGGAAAAUCCAUGAUGCAUACCCAUAACCCCCUAAAACCCAAGUGCCAGAAUUAAUCCCUGGAUGCUGCUUCCAUUUGAAUAAAGUCAUGGCUUUUACACUUGAAAAAAACAUUCAGAAAUGUUGAACUCCCUGAAAAAUGCUUUUGAGCUGUUACAAAACUAUGCUGUUUGUUCCCUUUGAUCGCCAUUCCACCAGUAAUUUGUUGGUUGACUGGUACUGCACACAGUUGGAGUUUGGAUCUGGGGAAAGGUCUGUCUACAGAGCAGAACUUGGGCUUGCUCAGAAGUAGGCCAAGAAAUAUAGCAGUCAUUGAUACUUCCUGGGGCAAAGGAAUGAGAAUAGUGUUCUCUCCCAGGCUCCCUCCUGGCAGUUCCUGCUCCAGCCUGGCAUGAAACAAGGUGGUUACCUUCUGUGAACACAUCAUUCAUAGUCCAACAGUAGGGUGAAAGGGGCUAAAAGCUGGACCUACUUCCUCUCGUUUUUUGUGAUUUUUUUUUUCUAAAUUUUGUUGUGCCAAAUGUGUAAAACUUUGUAGGUGUAAAUCUAUUGAAAUUCCACUAAUCAAGAGUUUGUUCAUUUAAACAGUUUGCUUUUUUAGCCGUAGAAAAAGUAGCAAAUUCUCAGGGGCAUCAGCCUUGCUGAGCUCGCCUUAUGUUCUGAAGUAAAAUAGAGACAGAUAGAGUCCAUCUCCCCUAGGUGUCAGGCUGCAUUGCAUUAAACCCAGCUCAGUAAUACAGGGAACCCUAGUGACCCGUAGCCCAAGGAACUUCCAGAAGCAUUACAAAAGAAAAAAAAGUUAUAUUCCACUGCCAAGUGGGUAGUCCUUUAGCUGUUUGUCCCUUGUUUUUUAUUUAUUCCAUAAUUAUGUUUGUGCUUUUUCUUGUGUAAACAAUAGUGAUAUGUAUGUUUUUUAUGUGGCUUUAGAGAAAACUUCAGUCUUCAAAGAACUGUUCCAAUUAAUUCCUUCUUGGAAAAAGUUAUAUGUUAAUUUGUUUCAGAAUAUUUAGGCAUUCUUUGAAUUAUAAACUUGUGAUGCAGGGAUUUGUGAAUGAGACAUUCACAUGUGAAGAUGACUUCACUAGACAUCUGUGUAAGCAGAAUAAGAUGUGUAUAUGUACAUAAGUUAUAAAGAACCCGAACACCAUUGUGCAGUGCCUUUUAGAUGUUCUGCUUUCUAAAGUCUUCAAAUUUUUGCAUAUAUAUUAUAUAUAUGAUGUAAUGUUAUAGAAAUAUAUGUAUAAUAUACAUAUUUUUUUCCAGGGGUAUCUGAUAGCUCUGUAUUUUGUUAUGGAAGUCGAAAGAAAAAAAAAGUAUUUUACCUCAAAAAUUAAAGUUAAAUUUAAAAACAAA